CUAUAGUCAAUAACAUAGAGUGGGUACAUUACUACAUUAGGAAUCUGGGAUGGCUAAUACUUAUUACUUAAUGCCACAAUAUUACAAAUAUACUUAAUAUAUAUUAUAAUAAAAGCUUUUGAGAACAUUAUUUUCGAUCAUUAAUGAGAGAACCUACUAAUGAGUUUAAAAGAAAAUGAUGAAAACAGCAAUUUCAGUGCUUCAGGAAAUGAUGAUAAAGGCUGGAGAGGUUCCUGAAUAUGAAUGUAUAGCACAGUGUGGACCUCAACACCAAGCUACUUUCGAAUAUCGGUGCAAGAGCAGCGGCUUGACGGUGACGGCUCGCGCUCGCUCCAAGAAAGAAGCGAAGCAAGAAGCGGCGAAGCGGAUGCUGGCCGAGAUGUUCGCCCGCGGAGAUCCCGUGCCGCCGCCCUACGCUCGCCCUCCGGAGCCGCCCGGUCUCGCCGACGACCCCGUCGAGCCCCCGCAAACCCGAGCGCUGCCUUCCACCGUGAGCGGCGGCGCGGCGGCGAGCGGCGUCGCGGUGGACGCGCGCAGCUAUGUCGCGCUGCUAAAGGAGCUGUGCGAGCAGUAUCAAGCGGGAUGUCCAGCCUACGACGUGGUCGGCGACGCGGGCCCUCCGCACUGCCGGCUCUUCACGGUGGCCGUGAAGCUAGGGGGCCACGAGCGUCGCGCCGCCGCCUCCACGAAGAAGGCCGCCAAGCAGCUCGCCGCCGAGCACCUCUACAAGUACCUGCGGCUGCAUCUCGCCCGCCUCACCGAAGACUUCGUCGAGGAGGACGCGCUCAAUCGGGCGCACGAGAGAGCCAUGGAGCGCUACGUGGAGGAGAAGGCUUCGACCUUUCGCCCGCCUCUCGACCAGAAGAUCAGUGAAUACCACUUAGACGAAGACAAAGUGGCUUCGGGGCGAGAGGCGAUGGCGCCCACGGCCGAGGACGAGGACCCGGUCAGUGCGCUGCAGACGCUGUGCGCCAAGCUGGGGCUGAACGUGGCGAGCGAGAACGUCGGCGGCCUGAGCGUGGUGCGAGUGCAGCCCUCCGCGCCGGAGGUCGCGGUGGCCGCGGAGGGCCCGAAGGAGGCCCACGCCGCCGCCCUGCGCUACGUGCGUCGCGUCCUCGCCCACCGCCCGACCGACGACACGCUGAUCGGCAGCAAGGCGACCGGAUCCUUCCCAAAUAUGCCCCUAAUCCCUAGAAAGAGUGAUGUUCUCAAUUGAGUUCAUUUGUACAAAAUAUAUUUAUCGAUUUCCAACGACGGCGCUGGCCGGUCGAGUGGUCAAGUUUUUAUGAAGUUUAUGCAGUUUUAUGUAGUGUGCAACUUAGCAAGUUAUUAUUUUUAUAAACCUAUCCACAAAUACAUUUCCAUUGCAAAUACGAUUACGAUGAUGUAAUUGAUUAUAAUAAUUAUUUACGUCGCCAUAACGUAUUUUCAAUAUUUAUUAGGCCGCAGAUCUUGGAGGAAGUAAAAAUCCUUAAAGUAAUGGUAUCGAAGUGUAAAUACUGAAUAAGAAGUACACGAUUAAGGGUUUUUUCCUAUUCCGAGAGAUGCUCAAUUACGAAAACAAUGGUAUUCCAUCGCUGGCCCAGGGGAACGAAGUCGUAAAGCAUCAUUAUGACUCUUAAUGUUUUCCCAUUUAUUAUAGAGUUUUUAAAAAAAAUUGAGGAUGUCUUCAUUUUACGAAAAUUAUUUUGUCCACUAUGUUAGUAAUACUCGAUUAGCAAAUUUAACUUUUCUGAAAUAGAUCGCAACAAUCAUAAAGAUAGUUUUAGUUAGAUUGUAAUUCUACCAAAGAAUCAUAAAACUUAAUGCGACAGUUUCAACACAAAUAAAGAGCGGUAACAAUAUAUCUCUGUGUCAACAACGUCAUAAUAUUUCAGCGAAAAGAGUUUUAAUACAUUAUUACGUUCGAGACCAGUGUUUUCCAGCGUGGGGCCCGCGUCCCACAGGGGGGUAAUUUGAUUGUUAAGAAGGGCUAUACGAAAAUGUAUUAAAAUUAUUUGGAAAUUGCA